AUGCCGAAGCCGCAGACCUUCCUCGCUUUCACGAAGCGGUUUGCAGAGCGUAUGCGAGGGGAAGGAAUUGUAGAGAGUACUGAUACUAGUCCAUCCCCUAAAUAACCGUAAGCGAAAGCACAUUUUUUUUCUUCGUGCUGCAUGACACCGAAGUAGAACAACGAGAGCGUUUUGUAUUUCGAAAGCGAGAGGGGGCCGCGAGGGUUUGAAAUAUUGAAGCAUGAUAAGCUGUCUCUACCAUACCUUCUACACCUUAUUUUUUCCCCUUCCAUAAGGCUGCCGCAGAACAAGAAAGCCAAAAACAAAAAUGGCCGGAACUCCGACCCAAACACAAACCGGGGGACAAGCGGCAACAACAACCCGAGGCUAACUGUGCUGGUAUCGAUAUGGAAGUGACAGGAUCGAAAUUGAUAAUGUUCAAAUGAUUUGUUAUGCAUAAGAUGGAUACAACCAGUUGGGACCCAGAUGCCAAGUGACGCAUGACAAAUUGCACUCUACACAACUCACAGGUCCGCAAGCGUCCCCUGAACAAGCGCGAGUUGGAGAAAGAGGAGAAAUAUCGUACAGAAAAAUUUUACGAGCGGCCUGCUGUGGUAAGCAAGUAAGUACUACUUCAACCGGUCAUGCAAAGGUCAAAACUGGACCUCAAUUACGAUAAACAUAUUUUAUAAACAUGCUACACGACGAGGACCUCCGAGAGAUGCAAAAGCAGUCCUGCUGUGCUAGAAGAAAGACAAAGAAAAAGAAACUACCACGGCGGAGAGCGUUGGUUCGUAUUUUCCAUCGUGAUGAAGGAGAUGUGGUGGUCUGUGCGUCCAACGAGGCCAUUGUGCGGGAGCCGAAGCUGAAGGUGGACCUGACAAAAUACACCGAGGAGCACCAUUUUCUCUUCGAUCGCACAUUAUCCUGAGUAAAAACGUAGUACGUACCCGUACCAGAUUUAUUGUCAUGCUCGUCUGACAUGUGUCGGAGGUGUCGGCCCGUGCGGCUGCCAUUUUGUUGGAUGGGCAUUUUACUGGAAGGGCAUAACGAUGAUGCGCCGGUGAACCCGAGGUUGUUACGUAAGCACCAUGAUGUUGCCCAUCAUAAAACUGAAUGUAAUGUGUGUAAGUAGUUUCUCCACUCGACUACUUUUACACGAUCAUGGGUACUACCGGUUUUAUUUCCACAGGAUACCCCUACCACGAAAGCCACGCCAACGAAGACCUCUACCACCAGUCUGUCCGGCCACUGGUAGAAGCCGCUUUCAACGGCGCACGAUGCACGUGCUUCGCGUACGGCCAAACGGGGUCCGGGAAGACCUACACCAUGAUAUCAAGAAGAAAAAUUCCUCUUCCCCAUACCAAAACGGAAAUCUGUGAUGCAGAUUUGUGGUCACAAAUCAGCGUUGUCUUGCAGAAACGAAGCGCAGGCGCAUGCCUGGCCCGUUCAGGUUUCUGGAGUUCUAGCUCUUCAGCAUGAUAGAUGUUGCUGCUGUAGGCUAAAACGCAUUACAGAUUGCCUGCUCAGUGUGUCGCAUCGCUUUUGCUUCCCAAGUAUGCAAUACAGAGGCAUUUGCGUACAUAAAUCAGCAACACAGAUCUCCUUUGGGUGCAUUUUCGCUAUGGGGAGUGGGCUUUUUUCACUUUGAUACAUGAUGGGGCCCGGACAGCGGUCCGUCGACAGCGAGGGUCGCCGAUUCUACGAUGACGAAGGCGUAUCCACUGCAAAUUGUCUGGGAUCAUCGGCGGGAGAAGAUUUGCAUAAAUUUGUCAUGCUUGUAAUGACAUCAUGACUGUUGGGUUUGUAAUGAGUCGUGCGCACGAAUAAAUAAAGUCAAAGGCCCUUAUCCUUGCUGUCAUGAAGGGACGCAGUUUGUCAUGCGGAAUGCGCAACACGUACUCAGCCGCACAGUCACAAAUAUUUGUUCUCAUGCUUAGCAGUGCACUUUUGCAGAGCGGUCAUUAUUCACAAGAAGAAGAACCCAGUCCGAAACCACACAUUUGCAAUGCAUAAGGCGAGCGCAACGACGACUCGGAGGCACCCCCGAAAGGGAUUUUCCUGCUCGCCGCUGAGGACUUCUUCCAACAGCUAAAGGGGCGGGAACAGGACCUCCAGGUGAUCAUCUCCUUCUACGAGAUCUACUGCGGCAAACUCUUCGACCUGCUCAACCGGAGACAGUUGCUGCACGCAAGAGAAAACGCGAAAAACAAGGUACCACAUAUUGUUUAUAGCAUUUCAUCCAGUACAGAGAGAUGUGUAGGAAAAGGAAAACCGAUUCUUGGUCGCCGCAUGCAGAAGAGCAAGCUGAAUGGAUGAAACAUGAGCAUCUCUUGAUUCUCGCAUCAUCAUAUGUACGCAGAAAACGUGGAAAGAACAAAUCCCGAACAAAAAAUGAAGGUCGUGAUCGUCGGACUGACGGAGACGCAGGUGUCCAACGUGCAAGAAGUGAUGCAUAUCAGAUGUAAAACCGUCCCCAAUCCAGACUUGUUAUGCAAAUCUGCAAGUCCCCGCAAUCCAGACUGGUUUGCGUUUCUCAUGCGUACGCGCGCAAGGAGAAUUCUCUAAAGUGCUAUCUGGGCGUUUCUUAUGCCAGAAUCCGAGCAUGGUAGUCGAUUUGUAGUGACGCGGCUUCACUAGCUGAACGAGGCUAGAUUGCUCGCCCAAUCUUGUAAUGCGCAACAGCAAAAGCUGUCUGGUUUGUGUAGCAAAAUCCCCACUUUGACUCUGGGGUCGUGGGGAUGUUUUUUCACUGGAUAAUGUAUGUCAUCGAGUUUGGCCUGCAAGCCCGCACAACAGGAGUUACUGUAUGCGGGGGGAACUAGACCCUGUCAAUGGCCACAUCACGGACUAAAGUUUAGAUGAAAAACUGUGGCCGCGCAUAAAGCAGAAUACCAAGAAAUUAUGAAAAUGCGCGAAGCAUGAUGCAAGAUGCUUGCGACAUCAAUCUACUGGCAAGCGACAUUGCUGCAGCAGCCUACUUUGAGCGACAGUCUGAUAAAAAAUGUUUUCUUCGAGGAAGUCAGAUCCAUUGACAACUUUUCCCUCGGAGAUACCGGUGCCAACAUAGACUCCUCGCGGUCACAUGCGAUUCUGCAGAUCACCCUCAAAACCACCUCUGGUGACAUCCACGGCCAAGUCAGCUUCAUCGACCUAGCAGGUAGUUUCUUCGAUUUCUACAUACAUUUUUUCUUAUUUCCCAGCAUAAGUAGAAGCACCACAUCAGCAAAUGUCUAACUGUGAGAUGAACUACAGCAAAUGAAACCGACAAAAGAACGUCGCAUCAAAGUCACCAGCAGUAGUAUCGAACACGUGAAGAAAAAUCAUGUGAGUAAAAAAUACAUUGAGCCACCAGUUUGAAAAUACUAUCAAAUUUCAGGUUCGGAGCGCGGGGCCAAUACACUGGACCAAGACCGACAAACACGGCUGGACGGCGCCGAGAUUAACAAGUCCCUGCUCGCAUAUCCCAAGAAAAAACUGUUUCACUGUGAUCCUUUUGCAAGAUCUGCAUCACCAGUAUGUUACUAACACAUGACCCUGAAAUAAAUUUGUCAUGCGCGCAUUUCCCAUAGGGCGGGAAAACACGGUUGGAACUCCAAUGCUCUAUGCAGGUGUAGCAAGACAAAUAGUUCUGUGCUCCAUUUUCUGCGUCACAAGUUCACAGUGAAACAGUUUUUUCUUGCGAUAUCGCACUGAAAGAGUGCAUCCGCGCGCUGGAUCAGCAGCUUGAGCACACACCCUUUCGUGGGUUUAUGCAUUAAACCUAAAGUAUAUGUCUGGGCUGUGAUCUGGAACAUCGCAGCUUGUGAUGCUAAAUCCGACUGACAGAAAUAAAAUCUGUGCUGCGUGAACAGAGAAUUCUCUCAAAAACUUCCGUCCCGUGAAAAAUGGAUUUGUAACAUGCGGGAUAGGCUUGGAGAGGCGUUAGCAAAGCCUGUGAUGCAGCUUUAGCUCCCAUUCCAGACCCCCUCGUUCUGCUGGGGCAUGAAAAUACAGUGCAUGACAAACUACUUCUGCACUCUACUUCCAGAACGCCCAGAUCUUCGAUAUUUGCACUGGAUAGUCGCGAAGUUGACGCAAGUGCUGAAAGACUCCUUCGUGGGAGAGUACUGUAGAACGGUGAUGAUCGCAACGGUAUCGCCCACGGCAGCCACGGUCGAGCACACGCUCAACACGUUGAGGUAAUAUAGUACCAUGAUGUGCUCCUUUGUUUCUGAUGUGUGGUUUGUAAUGCUUACGAAAAUGAACGACAGUUGGAGCCAACUUGUAUAGUUUGAUGUUCUGUACUUUUUAGCAAACGCACUGGGGAAGUUUUGCAUGGAAGAUUCAUAUGCAAACUAUACUUCACAAAAAGGUACGCCUACCGGGUCAAGGAACUGCAGGACCGAGGGCCAAGAAGCGAGUUAAGAUGAGAAAAACAAUUUUUUGUCAUUAUCCAAAACAUCCUAAAAAAAAUGAAAGUUUGUUUUCCGCAGCACUGGCAGUAGUCGCACAGUUCUUCUUGUUUUUCUUGUUCUCUCACAGGAGGAGUACUAGCAGCAGCUUUUUAGUAUCUUUGCCUGACAAAAAACGUUGUUUAUUCCUUCCAUACCACGAGAGCAAGCGGCACUACAGUCCACCUGUGCGAUUAGUGGAAGACGACGGCCAACGGAGCGGUGUUGACGUAUCAGACGAGAAUUUACAGCUUUUUAUCGACUUGUCAUGCGCAAUUUUCCACUUUCUUCCACGCAUAAGAUGAAAAAUGAUAUAGACAUGUUGAUGUAAAACUCAAAACGAAAAUUCCAUCCCAGGCCCAGCCUCCCCGUCUCCCUUCCGGUCGGAGUGACCCCUCGGUCGGUGGCACAGUCGCGGGCGGACCGGAAAUAAUAACCAUUGGCAACGACAGCUUCGUAUCAAAUGUGGAAGAAAUUAUACCGAGGUUGUUCGACGCCAGAGUUGUACUUACUCAUAAUCCUUGUACCGACUUGAUGUCAUGCCCGCUUGAAGGAAUUUUAAUCCUGACCCUGCAUGCUCAUCUUCGAAGGCACAUAAUCCACCCACAAGUGGCUCAAUCGUUUCAGAACAAAAUUUUGAUCCACUUUAAUAUUUACACGACAAGUUGGCUUCUAUACAUUAACAUUUUUCGGCUUUUUUCCCCAUUUGAUACGUCGCGUUGCCUAUGGGUAGUAGCAGCUCGGCCUCCUCGUCCGCGUCGUCCACUGCGAACACUAGUGGCACGGGCCACGGCCGCCGCGCCUACAGUCGGGAGCAAGAGUCAUCGAUGGUCGGGGCUGGCGGUGGGAGCAGCAGCAGUUCCUUUUCGGAGCAACCUCAACAGCAGCUGCCACCGCCCCGCGGAUUGCAGCAAAAGGAAAAAAGCCCCGCGCUGAAACGGACGCCGCGAAAUCGCUCUCCGGGGAAGGUUAUGCAUUGCAAAUAUUUUUGCCGACCUGGUGUUAGUUCUGGAGGGGUGUCUCCAACUUGUCAACAUGCUAUUCUGCUAAAUUUGAAUCGGACAAAUAUCUGUGUUGCAUGGACCACCACGACGCCAAAGGUUAUACUUACCCAUAAUUUCUUCUUCUUUCGUCCCACGCGAAGGACAGAAUAGGCAUUAUAAAUUGAGCUCUUGCGCAGUGUCUGUGAAGAUGAUGCUUCUGUUCUUUCGUGCAAUAGUACACGCCAUCUGUGUGAGUGUGGUCCAGCACGAGAUGCAUGACAAACAGAACGCGGCCAGAUCGACAUUUGCAAUCGAUCAAGGCAAACCGAGCAGACCGGGACUCGACGUCGUCAGGACACGCCCGUUAUGAAUUGCAAAUAUGUCUGGGUCUGGAAAGAAUGGAAUUUGUGAUGCUAAUUUUCGAUCAUACAAAACUCUGUAUUGCAUGAGUAGCAAAAGGCGUUCUGAUUUUUGCUGCCCGGAGAAGGCAUUUCUCAUGCAGGAUACGCAUGGGAAAGCCUUCGCAUAACCUGUAAUGCUAGAGCAUGCAUCACGGACAUCCCGGGUCAUUGCAAAAUUUGCAUGACAAACGCUCUCAAUCUUCCAGAUACAGACAUAUUUGCACAGGAUACCCGUGGUGGGCCGCGAGCCUCGGUGGACGGUAGUACUGGGGUUGGCGGGGAAAUAGUACAGGGCAGCAGCAGUACUAACACUAAUACAAGCUCAUCUACCAACUCGCGGACGACAGGAACCACCGGUGCCCUCGCGGACAACUCCCGAACGACCCACGCAGCCUCCAACCAGCGGCAAGUGCUGCUACAUGCGGAGCGCGAGAGCCAGAUGGCACCAACGUCGGUCACGCGAGAAGCGAAAGAGGAGAAGAACGUCCGACCGGCAAGCAGAUUAUCAAAUGCAAAAAUGUCUGGGUCUGGAAACUUGUAAUGCAAGUCAGGGAAAAAUGCGCAUACUGCAAUGCACUGCCAAGCAUGACAACUUUUUCCGUGGUUCAGAGUUGCGUACUCCGCAUGAGAAACUGCGUUCUUGCAUGACAGGCGAGAGAAGCCCUUUGGGGCCACGCAAUACAGAGCUCAGAGUCAUGCCGGACUAGCAUGACAAAUCCCGGAAUAUUCCAGACCCAGACAUUUUUGCACUUGAUACAGAUACGAGAAACACGACGGGGCGGAGGGAAUAAAAGGCUCACAUCAAAACGCGGACCGCGCGACGACACUUCCGCGCGACCAUAGGGACUCGUUUAAUACCACGACUCGGGAUAGUAACGCGACGACGCGACCUAUCCAAGAAAAAACUGUGUAAGUGUAACUUCGUAGCAAGAACAGCAUCACAAAUUCGUUUUGCAUUACAAGGAAAACCUGUCAUGCGCAGCUAGUACAUGGAAACACGUAUGAAAGUUGCCUAUCACGUACAUCCAGCAUGACAAGCGUAAUUAUACAGUUUUGCAUUUCCUGCAUCACAGACUUACACUUACACAGUUUUUUUCUUGGAUACGACCGGAGGCAAAAGACAGUUUUUUGGGAAGGGAUUCCUUGUCGCAGAAAGAGGAAUUUCCGGAGCUCCGUAUCCUCUGCAUCAAAGAGGGGCCCACACAAGAUGAACCCCAGCUUGUUUGUCAUGCAGAAUUCCUUGCCCUGCUGAGCAUGUUUUUUCUCAUGCGCAGCCGCAUGAGAGGCUGAUUUUUCUGUGGGAGUGUGGGGGCCCCGCUUUAUUUCCUCGGGAUACUCCGAGACCUGGUGAAGCGGCACGACCAGCUUAUAAGUAUAGAACUUAUACUCACUCCUUCUUCUGGGCAAACAUACGUUCUUGUCAUGCAAAUUGCAAUUUAAUAAAGUGGAUAUUACCUGUCAAGGUACGUAAAACAAAAUGUCUCAUGUGACGAGAAUCGAAACAAAACAAAUGCCUAAAACUUGAUAUAUAAGGUCUAAUCCUGCAGGAGGAAGAGGACUUGAUUGCGUCGCACCGCCAGCACAUUGACAGCAUGGUUAUGCGAGUGCACCACAACUCGCCGAAUCGUCCCCCUUCUUUGUUGUAUACGUGGAGCCCGCGCAAGAACACGUUGGCAAGUUCUUUGUGCGCCGAACGUACUUGCUACUGCUUGAUGGCCUCCGGAUGAACAAUUUGUGAUGCAAACAGUUGUGCCACAGGGCAGCAACUAGAUUUAUUUUCGAAGAUUAGCGUGACCAAUGAGGGGGGGGCGGAGAGUAGUUGUGGUUGUGCACUUUGAUAAUGGUCGAUCUCGUGAAAGAGGAGAUGGUGUACAUCAAUCAAGUGGAAUAUGAAAACGUCAGGUGGGAGCAGCCCGUCAAGAACAUGGAAAUAAAUAUCUUUGAUUUCUACAAUAUUUGAUGACUUAUUGUUCCCACCUGACAUUUCCAUAUAGACCGCCCAGGUUCUGACGUCGACGCGUACGUGGCCGGCCUCGAGCACAUUCUGGCGCUCAAGACCCAAUACGUCGAGGUUUGUUUCUGCUCUAGCCGUUUUUCUCUGUGGUCUCGCACGAUCGUGAACUUUCACAGCAUGUAAAAAAAAAGUCCAGAUUUAUUUGCAGGACACGUGGUGUAGAGAAAGUACAAGUUCUUUGGAAUGCAUCGAGGACAAAGCCAAACUCAGAGUCAGUAUUACUUUAUCCUUAUCGUCUGGAAAUAUGAAAUGACAUACUCAAAAAUAACGAACUAGGAAAUCCGGAGCAAAGUCACUCGGUUUAUGAUCCUAGAAAAAAGUACGCCGCCCAUAGUACCGGACGAAAAAUAAUAAUUCUGUGCUGCUGCUUAACCGAGGCGAGACUCUGUGAUGCGUAAAAUGGAGAGUGUCUAACAAUGCGGACCGGCAUGACAAUGGUUUCCAGAAAAUUUGUCAUGCUGGACGGGCAACAAAGGACUUUUUGUCAUGUUGGACGCCCAACAAAGGUAUGGGUGUACUUACUACUCUUCUGCAUACGGCUUCAGGAGCACCUGCGGGAAGAGGAUUCGCUGAGCAAAAAGUUUCAGGAACGUAUGGGAGAGCAAUAACUGUGGGCACUUCUUGCGCUGCCUCUGUACUUCUUGUAUCUCCUCGAUGAUGGCAAUUUCUCUCGGCUGUGAUGUGCUUCUUUUACAUACAUCAAUCGCCUCAUCAAAAGCAUCAAAAUAGAUGUAGUGGAAUUCGCCCUUAGCUUUCCCUUUUCAUACUGCGGAAGAAUGGGCUGGCUGGACGGUGAAGAGCCGAAAGAUGUUGUUUUGAACAAGCGGACAAUAAGUAAUAUUGACGAACCCCAUUGUUUUAAUACUCUUCGCGGCAUCAGUUGUGUAAAUGAUAAUCCCAAAAAAGCACUCAGCUUCUACUUCACAUGCGAAGAAGAUGGUGCAUGCAGCACUUCUAGCAGAUUAGAUCAUUUGUAGAUAAAUUCUUCGAUUGGUGGACACAACAAACAAAGAAUAGAAUCUAAAGUAAGCACUAGCCCCUAAUCCUAAAACAAAGUAAUUAUUACAAGAACAUUUUUUGUCACCGACAUCACUCUCUAAGUCGAUUUUUUUUUCCGUUGUUACUGUUAGAAGCAUGACACUACCAUACGACAAUAAGUGUCACAAGAUCAUUAUCCGUAUUUUUCUAAAGCCUGCCAUAGCCUCCUGGAGUGAACCAAGACAGCACGACCGGCGUUUUUACAGCGACCCGCCUCGUCGUGAAGAUCAUCCUACACGCAAAAGAAAACUUGGUCGCGAAAGUCGGCGCCAUGGUGUGCAUUUUGCUUUUUCAAGUUAUGUAGUCCUGUACUGAGUAUUUACUACUUCCAAGGUCGAAGUUUAGGGCUUGGUUGUAUAAAAAUACUAGCAAGAAUCUUCAUCUUACUUUUUUCAACAGCCGUCAUUUUUCGAAAAAUGCGAUGAACAAGAUCGUACCAAUUAUCCGACGGAUUGCUACCUAAAACCAGACGAAAUUUUGCAUACUGAGAAUGAGAACAAGCACUAUAGGAAUAAACAUUCAACCACAAUUCUUCUUCGAGCUAAAUCAAUCAUGUCGCUACGAGGUACUUACUUACUAGAGUUUAAACAGCGUUUCGAGAUUAGAAUUGUGGGCACGGGCUGUCAGGAUCGUGACAGCUGUGCUCAUUGAUAGCUGACGAGCAAGAACAUAAUUAUGCUCGAAUGAGGUGGACGUGGUCCAAGUAUUAUGUUGUUGAAGAGAGCGUACACAGUUAUUGUCUUAUUUUCUGUACUGGAAAAAAAUUUUGUAAUUCAGUUUCUGAUUCAUCGCCCUCGCGGUCGCGACGUAAAGCGAAAGUCUACCAGCAACAUGUAAAGUUUUUUUUGUCGAAUCAAACAACAAACACGCCGGUACAAGUCUCUCAAUCUCCGUAAUACGAGAAACAAGGCAAGAUGAAAAGGGAG